UCGGUGGAGCAGCCAGGCGACCACGACCUGCGCCUUUCUUCUCCGGUUGGCCGGCGUCCAAGUUCCGGACCAGAAGAACACACCGCGAGCGACGCUGACGACUGAGAUCUCGGCGCGCGGACCGGCCCGAACAGGCGACCCAAUCGCCGCGCGGAUGGCGGCGGCCGCCGCUCAGCUGCUGGGCGAGGACGGGCGCGGCUACGAGCUCGCGCGGCGGCUGGAGGCGUGCGGCGCGUGGCGCGAGUGGCUGGGCGACGAUUCCGCGCACGCCGCGCUCGCGCAGCACCUCACGUCCCCAGCAACCUGGGACGCCUUCCUCUACCCCGCGGCCUCCCCAUCACCGCCCCCGCGCCCGCUCCUCCUCCUCCAGCUCCGCGUCCGCGCGCUCCUCUUCGACAAGGCAUCGGCCGCGCUCCUCCUGCCUCCCCGCAGCGCGGCCCCAGUCGGCCUCCAUUCCAUCAACGCUAACUAUCUGCGACUUCAUGGAGAUGAUAUUUAUUUCUCUUUGGAAGAUGAGCAGGAAGAUAAUGCUCAACAUCAAGUGCAUUCUAGGACAGCAUUCAGUCCAAGCAGGGACGGUUCCAUGUUGUCUCAAAGGCAUAAUCGGUAUGAAGAAUUGCCUGACACAUGGUACAAGCCAUAUGCCGACAAAUUCAGGACAUGUCACAGCAAGCUUCGCUCUGGUGACAAAGAAAUACCAAAGAGAACACCAGAGGGAAUGUCUGACUAUCUUAAGAUUUGCAGUAUACAUAAAAGGAAGAGGGCUGUGUUUAUGGAUGAUCCCAGCAUAUCUCCUCCCAUGUCGGAAAACGGCCCUUCCCUGCUUUCAAAAAAUGCUGGGGAAUUCAGCAAUUCAACAGACGAAUUAAUUCCAGAAAUUAGAUUUCCAUCUGACUGUGUUCCAGAAAGCGCAAUUCCUAAAACAAGUGGGAUAUCUAGGACCUACAAAAUAGAAGUUCAUGGGGUUCUUGAUAAUUUACCAGCACCAGUUAACCGCAACACUGCAAUGCUUGAAAGGUUUGGCAUGGUGCCUGAAUAUUACAAAACAGGAAACAAAUAUAGAGGAAAAGAUGGAUCUAGAGUAGAAGGGAAAUCUUUAAGCCAAGAGCAAGCAUUGCUCAUGACAAAAAAGUUGGUUGCUCGCUACUUAGCAAAUUUACGUUUUGAAAGUGGAACUGCAGUCUCUAUUGAUAUUCUUUCAGAAAUAAUAAUUAAGCACAUAUGUAAACUGGGACGCAACUUGAAGCUUCUAACUGACAGCUACAGGAAGCAAUUUUCAUCAAUUGAACUCCUUAAAAUGUUCCUACAAACUGUUGGGUACAGUAACAUUGGACCCUUGAUGGAGAUCACCAAGAUGGGAAACAGAGCGGCCAACUACCCCAUUCAUCAAGAUGCACAAGUUCUUCAGACACAAAAUGCAAAUUCCCUUCAUGCCCAGCAGCUUCCAAGGCAGUUUCCUCCGCAAAUGCUUCAGAAUUUGACACCACAGCAACAGCAGCAGCUUCAGAAUUUGACACCACAGCAGCAGCAGCUUCUGCAGCAGCAGCAGUGGCUUAGGCGCAGCCAGUUGUGCAGUCCCCGUGGUUCUCUUACCAUGGCAGACAAGAACCAGCCUAUGGUGAAUGUGAAGGUGGAGAACACUAUGGAUUCUCAAAUCGAUGUUCCGUAUGGAUCUUUUACUAGACAACAGCAAUUUAAUAUAAGGCAGCAGCAGCAACUAUUGCAUCAGCAGCAGCAGCAACUUCAACAGCAGCAGCUCCAGCAACAGCAACAGCAGCUCCAGCAGCAACAGCACCAACAACAGCUUAAUCAGCAGCAGCAGCAACUGCAGCAACAGCAGCAGCAACUGCAACAACAGCAGCAGCAUCUCACUCAGCAGCAGCAACUACAACAGCUUAAUCAGCAGCAGCAUCUACAUCAGCAGCAGCACCUUCAACAGCAACAGCAACUUAACCAGCAACAACUUCAGCAGCAACAGCAGCAGAUGACCAUGUCAGGAAAUCAGAAUGCGCAACUAGCACAGCAGUUCAAACAGGUCCCAUCAAUGAGUGCAUAUGGCAUGCGAAUGCCGCCUGUGAAAGUAGAAGCCUUCCAUGAAUUGGUGAGCGGGGACUCUUCGCUGAAGCAUGAUAACGACCCUAACAAACUCACUUCUCCAAAGUGAUCUCUUACAUAUGAGGGACACACAUGUCGUGUAUGUAGCUGUGGUGUACAAAGGAUAGCGUUUGUGAUAUGUUGUUUCAUUCGUGCCCCCAACCUCAUCUGUCUCGCCUGUUUCUUUUACAUACAAUAAGAAGACAAGCCGUGCAUCAUAGAUGUUGUCUAUUUGGCUGAUUUAAUGUCUUCAAAACAGAUUUAUGCCAUUGGCUAAUUUACUGUCCUUAAACAGAUUGAUGUCAAAUACAAACUAAUUAUAAUAGCUCCAAGUCAUCAUA